GCCUUGAGAAAUCUAUACAAAAAGAAAAUACCACAGAGCGGGAGGAAGAGCUUUGACAGAAGUCUAAUUGCUUAGCAAAGAAAAAAUGUCGAAAGUUUCGACAUGCUAGUUUCAAAAUUGCAACUUUAAUAACAGAAGAAAUAAGGAAGCAAGAGAACAAACAUGUAAAGUAAUGGAGUCCAGAUUUCUAAAUAAAGACUCAAGCUUUAUUUCAUUGGAAAGUGCAGUACUAACGGAAAACAUUCUCCACAGAGCUGAAGAAGAAUUGGGAGAGACAGAACAAAAGCGAAAAGAAUAUCUGCAGGAAUUUAAAAAUUUGAUUAAAAAAGAAAAGAACCUGAAUGCUGAUAUUUCUGACAAUUUCCUUCUGGGCUUCCUACGGGUUAAAAAAUUCAGACUUGAUGCAGCGUUUAAACUUCUGAAGAACUAUUAUUCAAACAGGCAAAUUUAUCCAAGUCUGUAUCAGAAUUUUACUCCCAGUCACUGUCAUAAAAUUCUGAAGGCAAAUUUCAUGAAUUACUUGCCUUUACGAACAGCUGAAGGAGCUGCUGUCUGGGCCCCUCGGUUGGGUAGUUGGGAUACUAGUGUUUUCUCUUCUGAAGAAGUUACAAGAUUUGGUUUGAUUUGCUUGGAAAAAGAGAUGACAAACCCCAUAACGCAAGUGUGUGGUCAGAUUACUCUGGCAGAUAUGAAAGGAUUUUCUUGGUCUCACAUUUUUCAAGUUACCAUUCACGAUAUCAAAUGCUUUGUUAAUACAGUUCAGGAUGGGAUACCAAUAAGGCAUAAAGCAAUGCAUGUUAUAAAUAAUCCCAGCAUAUUUGGUAUUAUAUUCGGCAUCUUGAAGCCUCUGUUAAGUAAAAAAUUGAGAAGUAGAAUUCAUCUUCAUGGAGACAAUUUGAGCAGUUUACAUCAGUUUAUUCCUCCUGACAUAUUACCUGAAGAAUUUGGUGGAACACAGGGUACAUUUGGAAAUGAAAACUUUUAUCAGAGGUUAUUGGCUAGUGAAGAAGAAUUCGAAAAACGCCAGAAAUAUGGAUAUCAUGUUAUUAAAUAAAGAGGAAGGAGAUGUUGAGACUUCA